AUUUGACAGAUCGAUCCCUCGAACCUUCGCUAAGCUAAUUCCGCGCCUACUCCACCCGUCACGUGCCUCCGAAGCAAGCAACGGCUCGUUUCGUUUCCUCUCGCGCUCGCCCCCAAAACCCUCGAGAUCUCUGCCCUCACUCGCGCAAACCUCCUCCUCCUCCGAAGCUUCGAUCCCGACACGCCUCCGCCGCCGCCGCCCGCCGGAGGCGAGCCCGAGAUGCGGCCCAACGUCAUCACGGAGGCUGGGAUUUCAACUAGGUUGAAUCAGUGGUGGGGCAGCAUACCAUUCAUUACAUCCGGUGUUAUCUUGAUAUGUGGAGCGAUUUAUCUGGUGUGCUUGUUGACUGGCUAUGACUCCUUUGCCGAGAUAUGCUUCUUGCCUUCUGUAGUAGCAUCACGCUUUCAAGUGUACAGGUUCUAUACAUCUGUUGUAUUUCAUGGUUCUUUGCUUCAUGUGCUAUUCAACAUGCUGGCCUUGGUACCCUUGGGCACUGAGUUGGAAAGAAUUAUGGGAUCAGUCCGUCUCUUGUUCUUGAUGUUUCUUCUUGCUACGACUAAUGCGAUUUUUCAUCUCAUCAUUGCUUUCUUGGCGGCUUACAAUCCGCUCUAUCCUCUCCACUUUCUUGUGGAUGAAUGCUCCAUUGGCUUUUCUGGAGUUAUAUUCUCAAUGAUUGUCAUUGAGACAAGCCUGAGUGGGGUGCAAACUCGAAGUGUCUUUGGCCUCUUCAAUGUUCCUGCAAAUUGGUAUGCGUGGAUUUUGCUGGUUCUCUUUCAGUUUCUGGCAAGCAAUGUUUCGUUGCUGGGCCACCUGUGUGGCAUCUUGUCAGGGUUUGCAUAUACUUAUGGGCUGUUCAACUACUUGCUUCCUGGACCAUCAUUUUAUUCUUCUAUUGAGGGCUUGUCAGUGCUAUCUGUUUGUGUAAGGCGUCCUGGCUUCAUUCUGUGUACUGGAGGGACUACAUAUGGCCAGCUUCCUACAUUUUCUAACACAUCUACUGCACCAAGCGCUCUGAUUAAUGCAAAUUUCUUAAGAAAUAUUUCUUCAUGGAUACCAAGCAGGCAGACAACCACCACUCAGGGGAAUACUCAGGAACAAGAUCCCAGGUUUCCAGGGAGAGCACGGACACUUAGUUCUGCUGGAACUGAACCAACUGCAAGGGAGGCAAGUGCAAAUUUGCAUGCUAGCUUGUUGGAUAGCACAACUCCAAGUGAUCCGCUUACGAGUUCACAGCAUCCAGCAGCAAACACAGUCAGAGCUGAUGCAACUGUAGCAGCUGACCAGGUUGAUACAUUUGAUGAAGAACUUAAGAAGCUGGUUGGAAUGGGCUUUGAAAAGACUCAAGCUGAAGUUGCUCUUGCUGCUGCCGAUGGAGAUCCAAAUGUUGCUAUUGAGAUUCUCAUGAGUCAGCAGGGUUAAAGGUUUCAACAUCACUGAUAGCAAGCGAUGGAGGCUCAAUUUUAGGGUGUAGAUUCUGGUUAGUAAAAUUCAAGAAUGGACCAUUCUGGGCAAUUGUUUUUGCCAACAUGGUUAUAUUGAAGAUGCCCUUAAUUGUGCUUCUAUGAAGGUCAAAACUACAGUUAACAAUGACAAUAGUUGCAUUGAAGGCUGUUUCUUGAUGUAUUAGUAAAACAGUAAUUGAUGCUCGGGGCGCUCAUUUUGUUGGCAGAUCUUCACAAUUGCUAUUUGGCAAUAUGUCUAGCUAGACAAUAAAGCUUUUACAAAGGAAAAAAAAAUCGGUGCAUACUUACAAUU